AUUCUCCUGCAGUUAACCCAGAUCAAAACCUAACCAUGCUACAUGCUACUGCUGUUCUGCCCCAGUGGCAUAUGCUUCCAUCACAAGUCACAGCCGUAACAGUGCGUCUCCCCGCUGACGCUACGCCAUUACAAAGAAGCUUUUCGCGUCGCCAUCAUGCUCGCUUUCACUCGUCCAACUAAAAUGUCCCCAUGCUGUCCCUGUAUCACGCCACCGCUUCUAUUUCCAGCUGCCAUGACGACAAGUCUUCUGCUGCUGCUGUCCCUCUCGGCGACCGUUGCGCUCGCCGUUCCGCAGCAGCAGGAGCUGCAGCUGCAGGACACCGUCCUGCUCGACGACGUCGUGCAGGAGGCCGCCGAGGAGUGGUACCAUGGGCGGCACCGGAGGACGGGCGUCGCGUACCCGCUCUGGCUACCGGGGAGCCUGUCGGGCGUCGACGCCACCGUGGCGCGGUUCCGCGCGGGGAGCCUCCGGAGGUACGGCGUCCGCAGGUUCGGCGAGUUCUCCGUGCCGCCGGGCCUCGCCGUGCGCGGCCACGCCGCCGCGCACCUCCUCGCGGUGCGCGUCAACCUCGGGAACCUCUCCUCGGUGUACGACGAGUACGCGGUGGGCGCCGGGUACCGCCUCGCCUCGCCGGUGCUCGGGCUCAUGUUCUACGGCCUGGCGCGGCGCAACGGCACGGCGGCGCUGGAGAUCGACCUCACGGACGCCGCCAUCCGCGUCAACUUCUCCGUGGCCAUCCCGGCGCUCCAGCCGGGCGCCGCGGCGCUCUGCAUGGCCGUGGGGCUCAACGGCAGCGUCACCGUCACGGACGUGGAGGACGGGACCAACACCUGCCACGCGUCGGACCAGGGCCACUUCGCGCUCGUCGUGGGGGGAGCAGGCGACGGCGACGGCGGUGGCGGCGGCGGGGAGGCGGAUAUCGGGGAGGUCAGCAAGUGGAAGCUGGCGCUGUUCGGCGCGGCGCUGGGCGCGGGCGGCACCGUGCUUCUGGGGAUGGUCGCCGUGGCUGUGGUCAGCAUCCAGCGCCGCAAGUCGGAGAUGGCGGAGAUGGAGCGGCGGGCCUACGAGGAGGAGGCGCUGCGCGUGUCCAUGGUCGGGCACGUGCGCGCGCCGUCGGCGGCCGGUUCGCGCACCACGCCGGACGAGCUCGAGAGCGAGUACUGUGCCACAUUGUGACACGGUGCACACUGGAAACCUCGGAAGGAAAACAAUUGUUAGUAAUUUUAAAUUUCACUUUCUUUAUUAGGAACUUCGAUUAACAUUCUUUAUGUAAUUUUUCCUGCGGUACUUUUGGUUGAAAUAACGAAGGACGUAAACACGGGGUACUAGUUGUACUUACUGAUACGGUCGUAAGUUCUUUGUAUGUAGUUAAACUGUAAACACUGUCACUCGCUGUAUGUCUUUAAUAUGUCCAUUCUUUCA